CUACCGGGUGGGCUAUAUAGCCUAUGUCGGGAAAUGUAGGCUACUACGUAAUGGCUUGACUGUAAACCUUGAAUGGUUUGAUCGCAAAUAAUCUGCCAAUGUAAUGGAAACGUGUUAAACUGAGAGGAAGCAUAUGCUAAUACAAGAAGCCAAAGCAAUUCUCACACCCACUCACUCCUUGCUUUAAUUUUGACCAACGCAUCCUCGCGCGCGCAUCUGAAGACCGUAUGAUGGAAGGGGACACGAACAGUAGGCUACUUGUAUGCCGGUUAUACAGACGCACUGGGGGGGAAACCAAGUAAAAGAUAACUGAUAACGUUUUACACAUAAUUAUCGUAGGCCUAAUCCUGAUUUUUUCGCUCUAAAUGGAUGGGUAUGGAGGUUAUCAGGAGGGAACUAAGCAUGCCAAUGAAUCUGGAAAACCCUUUCUUCAAAAUUGCUCAAGAGACCACCUGUCAAACUUGGACAAAGAAGAAAGUAUGUGGGUUAAUGCUGACUACACACCUGUGCCAGCCAGUGAGAAGGGAGCAGAUGAUGGGGAUGCAGAAUCCAUACCCCUCAAAUCACUUAAAGUGGAUGAAGAAUCACACGUGAAAAAGCGAGGACCUUACUUUCGAGAUGGGAUCCGACGGAUAGACUAUGUGCUCACGUACCAUGUGCAGAAGCCCAACAGCACAAACCGCCAGGCUUCACACUCAUUCAUGAGGAGCAUGCGGGAAAGCAUGAGGCGUAGCUUUAGGCGUACCCGUCAAGCACCAGAUCCACAAGAGGAUCCAGAGAUUGCUGCACAGGAACAUCAGCCAGACUACCAUGAGGAUGACAAGCAUUUUCGGCGGGAGGAGUUUGAAGAGAACCUCAGGGAGAUUGGGUUAGAGUUGGAGAAAGAUGAAGGGACUACAAUAUCUGGCAUGGGUUUCCUGAAGAUCCAUGCACCAUGGAGUGUUCUCUGUCGAGAGGCAGAGUUUAUGAAGUUGAAAAUGCCAACCAAAAAGAUGUAUGAAGUCAAGCAAGACAAUAACAUAGUAGAGAAGAUCAAUCUGUUUGUUUGUAAAGUGACUGAACCAUUACAUCCAAAAGUUGAAGAGAGCAAGAUUCAAACUGCCAAGCAUUUGUGCUACCCAUUCUCCAGAGAAAGAGAGCAUUUGUUUGACCUCUCGGACAGAGAUUCAUUCUUUAACAGCAAAACCAGGAGUACCAUAGUAUAUGAAGUAUUGAAGAGAACAAAGUGCACUCAAACAAAAUACACCAUGGGAAUUACAAGUCUUCUUGGAAAUGGAGUUUACACCUCUGGUUACCCUUUACAUGAUGGAGACAUUGAUGGCAUCCAUGCAGAACCCAAUGACCGCAAGAUCCUCUAUGAGGAGUGGGCGAGCUAUAGCAUUUUCUACAAAUACCAGCCAAUUGGACUCAUCAGAAAAUACUAUGGGGAGAAGGUGGCCCUUUACUUUGCUUGGCUGGGUGUGUAUACUCAAAUGCUGAUCCCAGCAGCCAUUGUGGGUGUUAUUGUGUUCCUCUACGGCUGUGCAACUGUAGACGAUAACAUUCCCAGUAUGGAGAUCUGUGACCCACGCAACAACAUCACUAUGUGCCCCCUAUGUGACCAUGCCUGUAGCUACUGGAAGCUUGUGACCGCCUGUGGCACAGCCCGAGCAAGCCACCUAUUUGACAAUCCGGCCACAGUCUUUUUUGCUGUCUUCAUGGCACUGUGGGCCACUAUGUUCAUGGAGCACUGGAAGAGACGACAGAUGAGACUCAACUAUAUCUGGGACCUCACAGGCUUGGAAGAGGAAGGGCUUAAUGACACAGACCAUCUAAGACCUGACUACGAGUUCCGAGUUAUGCAGAAAACUCUUCGAAAAGAAUCUCACAGUUCAAAGAAGGUUAAACUAACCUGCAAAGACAGAAUGCCAGCAUACAUGACCAUCCUCAUCAUGAUGGGCUUUAUGAUUACUGUGACAUUUGCCAUCGUUUUUGGGGUUGUCCUGUACCGGAUCUCCAUUAAAACAGCCUUGCACAUGAGUUCCACAUCUACCAUCCGCUCAAAUGUUCGUGCGACUGUUAAGUCAACGGCUGCUGUCAUCAACCUCAUCAUCAUAAUAAUCAUGGAUGAGAUCUAUGGGGCCCUGGCUCGCUGGCUGACUGCCCUUGAGGUUCCGAAGACAGACAAGAGUUUUGAGGAAAGACUCAUCUUUAAGACAUUUGUCUUAAAGAUUGUCAAUGCCUUUACACCUAUAGUCUACCUGGCAUUUUUCAGAGGAAGGCUUGUAGGGCGACCUGGAAAAUAUCUCUAUGUUGUAGGAAACUACCGCAUGGAGGAGUGCGCCCAUGCUGGCUGUCUGAUGGAAUUAUGCAUCCAGUUAUGCAUCACAAUGCUGGGCAAACAGCUAAUUCAGAACAACCUGUUUGAGAUUGGCAUUCCUAAACUGAAGAAGAUGCUGCGGCGACGGAAGACUAAAUUGGCCACAGAGCAGGAGGAGGAGCUCAAGAAGAAUCUGCAACGGCAUGAGAAAGACCACUUCCUGGUGCCCUUUAUUGGUCUCAACCCAGAGUAUAUGGAAAUGAUUAUCCAGUUUGGCAUGGUGACGGUUUUUGUGGCCUCCUUUCCUUUGGCUCCACUUUUUGCUCUAUUGAACAAUGUAAUUGAAAUUCGACUGGAUGCCAAAAAGUUUGUCAUGGACUUGAGGAGACCACUUGCAGCGAGGGCAAAGGAUAUUGGUAUCUGGUACAACCUUCUGAGGGGACUCAGCAAAAUGGCAGUUAUUGUGAACGGAUUUGUUAUCUCCUUCACAUCUGACUUUAUUCCACGGCUUGUUUAUCAAUACAAGUAUAGUCCAGAUGGUACCCUGCAUGGAUUUGUCAAUCACACCUUAUCCUUCUUUAAUGUCUCUCACUUCCAACCUGGGACUGAACCCUUGGAACCUUUGCACUUAGGUUACAAGGUGGAGCUUUGCAGGUAUAAGGAUUACAGAGAUCCUCCAUGGUCAGACACACCAUAUGAGUUUUCUAGAGAAUUUUGGGCCAUACUGGCUGCCAGGCUUGCAUUCGUCAUUAUUUUUCAGAAUGCUGUGAUGAUGAUGAGUGACUUUAUCGACUGGCUGAUCCCUGAUAUUCCUAAGGACAUCAGUCACCAGAUCCACAAGGAGAAGGCGCUCCUUGUGGAUCUCUUCAUGAAAGAGGAGAAGGGGAAGAAACACCUCCGGAAUGUCCAGAGUCAGCAGAGCCCAUCUCUGACACGUUCACGCCCCAACUCCAACACACACAGAAACUAUUAGCUUUUCCAUACAGAAAAUAUGGCAAAUCAAAAUGGUAAACAAUAGCUGUUAUACUAAAGUCAGUUUAUGAAAAAGGUGCCUGUUUUCAAAAGCCUUUAAUGCUUUGUGAUCUAUUUAUUGGGUAAACAAAAACGAAUCAGAUAUGAGGACAGGGACUAAAUAUUAUUUUCAUGACACUAGUUCUGCUAGAGCAUGGUGCUAACAGAAUAAAGGCCAUGGAUAUGUUACCCAGAGAGCACAAAUACAGAUUAAAUGUGUAUCUUUAAAUUUUAAAAUGUAAAUGUAAUGCACAUCAGAAUUAUUUUGUCAUGUGUCAAGCCAGUUUUGGCUCCUAUUUCUUAUAUUGCACAAUUUUAAAUUCAGGUAGUGUCCAAACCACCAACCUUUGAUGUGGAGCCAAUAAUUAAAAAAAAAAAAAUGUAUACGGGUGUUGCACUUUCCCAAAGUUGAAUUUGUUUUUGUUGCCCUAUUUCCCACUGUCAAUUUUGCCACUUUUACCAAAUGGUUACCCUCAAUGGAAACUGUAUAAGUACACAUUUAAGGUGGCCGUGACUAGAUGUGAAAAAGGUUGUGCAUUUAUGUUAGAGAGUGUAAGAUUGUAGAUGGUAGAUAAAUAGACAGGUAGAAACAUGUCAUAUAUUUCCACACCAUAUUAUCUACACACUAAUAGGACACCAACUAGACAACAUAAAAGAUCAAUUAUCUUAGUCUUUGGCCGGUCAUCGUGUUAUCAAAAUUAAAUGGUUUCAAGACAGGCUUUGAGGCAGUAAACAUGUUUUACUCAUAUUUCCUAAAUUGUUAAGUUAACCUUAAAAUAAGUAAAUAAUGCUCAGGUCUUGGUUGCAUUUUGUUAUUAUAUGUAUUAUAUGAUUAUAUGUAGGUUUGCACACAAGGCUUCACUUCCUCCUAGAAUUAAAAUCAAGUCAACCAAAACUGGCACAGAUGAUCUUCAGACCAAACCUCAUAAGUUAUUUGUUGGCUUUUUGAUUUGCAAAAGUGGUCAGCCAAAUUCAUCAGUCCAAAGCAAAGCUGCCUGACACAAAUUUAGUUAAUAUCUAGUCCAAUCAAUGGACAUGAAACUUAGUGCUUACAGCCAUACCCUUAUUAUAAUCACAUCAGGUUUCUAUUGCAACUAAUGGCGUUGUGCCCAUACAAUUGGCCAAAAUCACAAGAUUUUUUUUCUAAAAUGGUGCUUAAUAUCAACGCAUUGCUAUUAAUCAAUCAGAGAGGGCCGCGAAGCGAAUGCAGAAGUGCCGUUCACCCUGUUACAAGUUGAUGAAUCAUUGAAACGAUUUUGGAAACAUUAUUUUAAGGUACAAAAAACUCUUUGGUGUUGCUUUAAAAUGAGGUCACACAAUCCUGAGAGGGUUGGUUGCCUUUUAGACUAGUGGAUGUAAUUUGGUUGUCAAUCAUAGAAUUGUACACAGUUCCAUAAAAAAUCAAGAACAAAUAUUCUAUAUAUAUAUAUAUUAUUUAUGUUUGUGUAGUUUUGAUCUUGAAAAGGGUUUUUAUACAGUGUAUAUAUAUAUAUAAAAAGAUACAGCUCAGCCCAGUGCCCACCCAAAAAUAUGGUUUGCACAACGCCCCUGAUUGCAACCAUGCCCUGCUGGGCAGCUGUGUAAUUUUGUCAAUGUCCGUGAUCACAUUUCUAUGUUAAGGUGGUGUGAAGUCUGUAAGAUUCACUUAUUUCAAUCAAUUUGCAAUGUUUUUAGACAGAUUCCGUUUAUCUAAUUUCUCUCAGCAUCACCAGUGAUAUUUAUUUAACUAGGCCUAUGAUGUAUUUUGAUUAACAUAUUUGGAGAGAGGCCUUUAUUGCCUCCAACAGAUUUGGCCUUUUAUAGCCAAACAGGUUUUAUGGCCUUUAUCACCUCAGGACAACCCAGAGUGGUCCAACAUUGAAAAUAAUAGGAGUUUAAAUAACAAAGUUACAAAAAUUUUUAUUUCAUUCAAUUAUCUGGGAAAUAAUAUAACGUUCAAAAUUCAAGUACUGUGCUGACUACCUUGUCUCAGGUAAAAAUGAUCAAGUCUAACAGGGAAGCUACACCAGGCGUGUAACUGAAGCGUUCUGUUCGCGAGGCGUAAAAUCCAUUUUAGAUGAAUAGUGUAUUUUUUUCUCAAACGUACGCGCUGCCAUCACGUCUGGUGUAGUUACUUCCAUUGAUUAUAGUGGAAGCUAAUUGUUGCAGCAGACGUUGCGCAAACGGAACGCAUCAGUUACGUGCCUGGUGUAGCUCACAUGCUAUGGAAUCUGUAUGUGGCCACAUUUGCUAACAUUUCUAAAACAAAACCUUCAUUUUAGAUUUGGAUGUUUAAUGUUGUCUGUUAAACUUAACUUAUCAAAUGUAAGAUUUAAAUGUACAUACUUUAAGAUACUUGCUACAAUUGUGUUUCCAGUUUUGGAGAUUAAACUCCAGCUGUACUUUCUAUUACUGAAAAAAGGAGAUUUAAUUGCAUUAUGUAGAGUGUUAAGGGCAGCCUGUUGGAUUUUUUUAGAGGGGGGGGGGGGGGAUCAGCUCAAAAGGCAGUUCAACUGGUUAUGAAUGACACAUAAAAUCAGAUGACAAAACUGCCAUACAGGAAGCAUUGCCAUAGUUAUGUUUGAUAGAUCAUCAAAGAUCUUGUGUGAAUGCUUUCAAUCAUGACCUUGAUAUGAUGCCAGAGAGAUGUAUGGUGUGCUUUUGCCUCAGAUAGCUGAUUGCUUCUAUAUUUGUUUUUGUUUCGUUUUUUAAGAAAGGGGAUUUUAUAUUUUGUUUAAUUUUUUCUUUAUUUAAUGUGGUCCAGUAUGAUAAAAAAGUGUGAUAUGCAACGAGAGGUCUGAAAUACUUAAACAAGAAACACAUUGUGCUCAGGAAUAUUGGGAAAAGUGUAUGAUGCCUUCAACAGGACUGAGUGUAAGACUCUACGUUUUACUUAAUGCAGACAGAGCAAAAACAGUAUCAGAAAUUUGCUUUAAUGUACAGUACAUAUGGUGCAUUUAACAAGGUCCAACCAGUCCUUGGGCCAUAUUAUUCUCUCUAUAAUGUGUGCUGUUACCUUUUUAAAAGUUUGUUAAUAUUGCUUUCUAUAGAAAGGUUAUGCGGCUUGGUUGCUUGGGGUUGUUUUUUGUUCUUUUGUUCAGAACACAGAUUUGAGAUCAAAAUAUUAUGUUCAGUGCUAUGACAUGUGGUAAAAGUAUAUUUCAAGUAAAAGGUACUACAUAUCAA